AUGACCCCCUCUUCAGACAAAGAUCUCAACGGGCUGGAUAACCCCAGCUUUGUGGGUGAACAUGGGAGCCACUGUCAUUCCUCACCAGCUCAUGCUGCCUGGGGCUCAGAGGAAGGUGGGGGCACUGGCCACAGUGGGACCAAGCUUGGCUACAUUGUCACAGAUGUGCCUCCCUGGUACCUGUGCAUCCUGCUGGGCGUUCAGCACUUCUUGACAGCCAUAGGAGGUCUUGUAGCCAUCCCGCUGAUCCUCUCCGAAGUGCUUUGCCUCCAGCAUGACCUACUGACCCAGAGCCACCUGAUCAGCACCAUCUUCUUUGUCUCAGGAAUUUGUACCCUGCUGCAAGUCCUCUUUGGAGUCAGGCUGCCUAUUAUUCAAGGAGGGACUUUUGCAUUCCUGACCCCCACCUUGGCAAUGCUGUCUCUCCCCAGCUGGAAGUGCCCUUCCUGGACACAGAACGCCACCCUGGUGAAUGCCUCUUCACCAGAAUUCAUCCAAGUCUGGCAGACACGGAUGCGAGAGGUGCAAGGAACUAUCAUUGUAGCUUCUUGCUUUCAAAUCUUCGUUGGAUUUUCGGGCCUGAUUGGAUUUCUGAUGAGGUUCAUCGGCCCCCUGACAAUUGCCCCCACCAUCACCUUGGUUGCACUACCUCUGUUUGAGCCGGCUGGGAAUAUGGCUGGGCAGCACUGGGGCAUAGCAUUCAUGACUGUUUUUUUCAUAGUUCUGUUCUCUCAGUACUUGAAAGAUGUUGCUGUGCCGCUGCCAUGUUACCAGAGAGACAAGAAGUUCCACUUCUCUGCAGUCUACCUCUUCCAGUUCUUCCCGGUGCUGCUGGGGCUGUCCCUGAGCUGGCUGCUCUGCUACGUGCUGACCGUGGCCGGCAUCCUGCCCUCGGCCCCCGCUGCCUACGGACACCUGGCCCGGACAGACACCCGUGGCGACGUUCUGUCACAGGCUCCCUGGUUUCGGCUGCCUUACCCAGGCCAGUGGGGAACGCCGACGGUGAGCCUGGCCGGGAUCUUUGGCAUGCUGGCCGGGGUGGUCUCCUCCAUGCUGGAGUCCGUGGGCGAUUACUACGCCUGUGCCCGGCUGUGCGGGGCCCCGCCGCCGCCGCAGCACGCCAUCAGCCGCGGCGUCGGCGUGGAGGGCAUCGGCUGCCUCCUGGCUGGAGCCUGGGGCACGGGCAACGGCACCACAUCCUACAGCGAGAACGUGGGGGCCCUGGGCAUCACCAAGGUAGGGAGUCGGAUUGUGAUCAUUGCUGGUGCCUGUGCCAUGCUCCUGAGCGGCAUCUUUGGGAAAGUUGGGGCAAUGUUUGCCAGCAUUCCCAUCCCUGUGAUUGGAGGCAUGUUCCUUGUGAUGUUCGGAGUUAUUGUGGCAGUGGGGAUCUCCAAUUUACAGUACACAGAUAUGAACUCCUCAAGAAACAUCUUUAUCUUUGGAUUUUCUCUAUUUGCUGGCCUCACAGUUCCCAACUGGGCAAGCAAAAAUAGAACACUGCUGGAAACAGGAAUCAUCCAGCUUGACCAAGUGAUCCUGGUGCUUCUCACCACUGGCAUGUUUGUGGGUGGACUUCUAGGCUUUUUCCUAGAUAACACCAUUCCAGGAACACAGGAGGAGCGGGGGCUCCUGGCAUGGAAGCAAAGCCAUGAGGGAGGGAUGGAGACCUCUCAGCUCGUUUCCAAGGUCUAUGAUCUUCCAUUUGGCAUAGGCACCAAAUAUUGCAAUGUCUCUUGGUUUCACUAUCUCCCUGCUUGGCCUAAAAGACUGUCUUGUGACAAGAGAAUGGAUGAACCGAAGGCUGCUGGGCAGAAAAACAGUGUUAAAGCAAGCUUAGAAGGAAACUCUGAGAUUGGUGCUGAUACAAGGAUAUAA